ACUUGGGGAUGAUAGCUCUAAGAGGUGUUAGGGGAUUAGGCUGAAAAUGUAGGUCACCCUCCAGCCAUCUGGGAACUAGAAUGAGUUAGUGAGGAGAUGAGAGGGGUAGAGACAUACGAUGAAAAAAGGAGAGGAAGCAGAGGGCAUGUAAGGGCAGUAUAAAAGUGUCUCCAGUGGACCCAUAAUGAUUAGAUUUCAGUGUCUUUUGGUGGGCCAGAAGGAAGGAAUAGAGUUUUCUGUUCUCUCUUCUCCCUCUGUCCUGGGGCUGGGUCAGCAAGAGUGGGAGAGGUUGAGGAUCAGAUGUCUCAGUCCUGGGAUUCUCUGUGGGGAAAGUUGCUUUUCUUUCUGAUGUGUUGGCUAACAGGGGAAGAAGGCCAGUUGGGGUGAAGGUGGGGCAGGGCCAGAAAUGUGAGCAUUUUUGCAAACAGGAAAGAGACCCCAGCAGUUUAGGUGAGAGUGGGUUUGGGAGACCUGUACUCUCCAAAGACACUUAUGAGGGGCUUUGGAAGGCAAGAGUAUCAGGAGCUUGUUUGUCCCUCUUUUCUAGGGCCAGGCUUUGAGUGACAGAGGGCUGAGCGUUGUGUUCACUUGGAGGGGUUCUGGUUGGGGCCCAUGUGGCCCUCUGUGCUGGGGAACCAAGCACAUGGUAAUUGGAUCUGUAAAGAGUUUUGCUGGCGAGGACACCCCUUUCCUUCUUUGAGAAAAGGCAUACAUGUCCUCUCCUCUCUAUUCCCCUCUUCCCCCCAGGCCAAUGAGAUAUGCAAAUGAUCUCCUUACCUCAUUGGUUGGAGGCCUGAGGACCAAAGAUGACCUCAGUGAGCUGGCCCUUUAAGAGUGCCCUUGGGACUCUGUGCCCACAGCCCCCUUGUUCUUAGCAUAGAGACAGCAGGCUCAGCUCUAUGGAGCCUCCAGUCUCUGGGGAAGCUGUGCCUGCCUGGCUCUGGCAUUGACCACAUCAUCUCUGCCUUCUUAAAGUGCUUCCCUCCCCACCUGGCCCCAGAAUGGCACUGCCCCCUAGCCCCCUGGCCAUGGAAUAUGUCAAUGACUUUGACUUGAUGAAGUUUGAGGUAAAGCGGGAGCCCUCUGAGGGGCGCUCAGGCCCCCCCACAGCCUCACUGGGCUCCACACCUUACAGUUCCGUGCCUCCUUCACCCACCUUCAGUGAACCAGGCAUGAUGGGGGCCACAGAUGGCCCCCGGCAAGGUCUGGAGGAGCUGUACUGGUUGGCAACCCUGCAGCAGCAGCUGGGGGCUGGAGAGGCCCUGGGGCUGAGUCCUGAAGAGGCUGUGGAGCUGCUGCAGGCUCAGGGCCCAGUCCCUGUGGAGGGGCCCCAUGGCUACUAUCCAGGCAGCCCAGAGGAGGCAGGAGCCCAGCAUGCCCAGCUGGCUGAGAGGUUUUCAGAUGCGGCGCUGGUCUCCAUGUCUGUACGGGAGCUAAACCGGCAGCUGCGGGGCUGCGGGCGCGACGAAGCGCUGCGGCUGAAGCAGAGGCGCCGCACGCUGAAGAACCGAGGUUACGCUCAGGCCUGUCGCUCCAAGCGGCUGCAGCAGCGUCGCGGGCUGGAGGCCGAGCGCGCCCGCCUGGCGGCCCAGCUGGACGCGCUGCGGGCCGAAGUGGCCCGCCUGGCCCGGGAGCGCGACCUCUACAAGGCUCGCUGUGACCGGCUGACCUCGAGCGGCGCCGGGUCGGGGGACCACGCCCACCUCUUUCUCUGAACCGCUUAGAGGCAGAGUGGUGUAGGAGGAAGGUGGAUGAGUGGGGGCAUCCCCAGAAGGCAUCUGCACAGUUCAUUGGAUCUUUACCAAGCGUCUUCUGGUCCCAGCUACCCCAGUAUGACCACACACAUAUCCCCAAACUUCCUGGACCCUCAAGGAAUGCCGGAGUUCCGAUGCUGGUCAUUUGCUGGGAGAGGAGUCCCCUCUCCUCACGCGGGCCAUGCACAGAAAUCCAGCCCACAGGACUAGAACUCUGAGCUCUUGCAGGUGGAAGCGUAGUGAGCCAGUGAAUGGGAAGUGGGGAGUGGUGCAGCUAUCCCCUUAGGUUAAUUUUUAAUUCAGGGUUUUCAACCUGUAGUGCAUUAAGGCUGUAAUUAGCAAAGAGGCUGUAUUUUCAUUCCGAGGUUUUUAGCCUCCUCAUUUUAGGGUUACUGCGUUUUCAAGAUUUCAAUAGCUAGCCACACUAAGAAGUCUAUCCAAAAUAUUUUUCCUCUGCCCAAUCCCGUGAUAUUCAAGGUCCAGAGCAGCAAAGUCCUGAGGAGUGAGCUCUGGGGAUGGGUGGUGUGGGUUGAGGGACAACCCCAGGCAGAAGUCUGGAGACCUGGGCACUAGUCUCAGCUCUUCCAUGGGAUCCCUCUGUCACUUUGAGCAAAUUGAUUGCUUCCUGGGCCUCAGUUACUUUAUCUAAUCUUCAUUUGGAUUGGAUGACUUCUGAUACCUUACCAGUUCUGGCUUCUCCCCAGUGUGGGAGUCCUAAUGGUCUCCCCAAGAAGUCCCCAAUUUGACUUCACCAAAGGGACCUCUUUCUUGUCCUGUUCCAUUUUCCCAGUGCAGCCUAGGUAGUGGCUGAACAGCCCAGGGGACGAAGCAUGGCUACUCUGUGAGCAUACACAUGAGUCCCUCCUGCUCUCUCCAGACUGCUUUGGCCUCCAGACAUGCAUAGGGUGCCCCUGCUACCUCCUGCCUCUCUGCAGGCUGAAGCAAGACUUUACCCAGGACAACAAGGAGCUGAAAGAGCACAGCUUUUGUGAAUUAAACUUGAAAUCCAGGGAGAACUCUGAUGCUAUUGGCAAAUAUUCUUGCAAUUUAAGAAGUCUUCCUUCUUUACCCUUGCUUCAGGCUACUGUUUUGUGUGUAUGUGGGAGAGGGAGAGACAGAGAGAGGGAGAGAAACUAGGAAGUCCCCACCUGGAGCUGAGUGGCACAUCUCAGUUCUGGAGAGCCAAAGGAAAUGGUGUGGAGGGGUGGGCAUUGGGCCAGAUGGAUCCUUUCCCCACCACCACCAUCACCAUGCGCAGGAGCUGCAGCAGACCAGCUAGGCCUGCCUGUGGCUAUCCUGGUCUCAGAGUUGCCAUGGUAA